AUGGCACGUUCAAGACCAGGAUCUAGACCAACUCAAACCCGUUCUGCCUCAACAAUGGCUGCUCCAGCCCGUCAUGCACCACCACCACAGCAGCAGGCACAACCUCAUCAAAAUUCCUACUCUCACCCACCUGCAACUCAACAAUCUCAACAACCAGGUCUUUUCUCCCAAAUGGCUUCUACCGCUGCAGGUGUUGCUGUUGGUAGUGCUGUAGGUCAUACCCUCGGUGCUGGUCUCUCAGGUAUGUUUGGUGGCAGUAGCUCCGCUGCUCCAGAACAACAACAACAACAGCAGGUGGCACCAGUGGACUCUCAAGCUUACAACCAAAAUCAAAUGAGAGCUUGUGACAUGGAUGCCAGAAACUUUACUCGCUGUCUGGAUGAGAACAAUGGUAACUUCCAAAUUUGUGACUUCUAUUUGCAACAAUUGAAAGCAUGUCAAGAGGCUUCCAGACAAUAUUAA